AUGGUUGACGAAUAUCUCCGACUUGGUGAGAGCACUGCAUUUUCUUGUUUACAUCAUUUCACUGAUGGGAUAAUACAGUUAUUCGGAGAUGAGUAUCUGCGACCACCCACAGCAGAGGAUCUUCAACGACUACUCGAUAUGGGAGAGAAACGAGGGUUUCCUGGGAUGGUCAGGAGCAUUGACUGUAUGCACUGGGAGUGGAAAAAUUAUCCAACCGCUUGGAAAGGACAGUACGCCCGUGGCCACGGAAAACCGACUAUUGUCCUAGAGGCCGUAGCUUCACAAGAUCUUUGGAUUUGGCACGCAUUUUUUGGUCUUCCAGGUACCUUAAAUGAUCUUAAUGUCCUCGAUCGAUCUCCUGUGUUUGAUAACCUCUUAGAAGGUCGAGCUCCCAGGGUGAGGUACAUGGUCAACAACCACAUGUAUAAGUUGGCAUAUUACCUCACAGAUGGUAUAUAUCCAAAAUGGUCAAUAUUUAUCCAAACUAUCACACUCCCUCAAAGUCCUAAACAACAGUUAUUUGCUCAAGUUCAAGAAUCAGUCCGAAAAGAUGUCGAGCGGGCUUUUGGAGUAUUGCAAGCUCGGUUUGCGAUUGUGAAAAACCCGGUUCAUACAAUGGCCAAAGAGAAGAUAGGGAAGAUAAUGAGAGCAUGUAUCAUACUACACAAUAUGAUAGUUGAAGAUGAACGAGAUGGUUAUUCAAUGCGGUAUCACAGCUACUAUUGGAGAGACCCAUCUCGCAUUCUCUCUUGUAGCCCUCGAAUUGAUGCGUACGAGGGAAAUGGAGGGCAGAGUCAAUGGAGAUCAAGACGUGACCUUUCAAAGCUGCCAUCCUUCAACGUUGGGGAACGUUGCAACGAGGCAACAAUCAAUUGA